GCGAGUCGUCCUCCUUUCUGCUUAGAGGAGGAGCUGUCAAAAAAAAAAAAAAAGUUGUCCGAGAGGUUCACUCACUUCCCACCCGAGAGAAGCGAAAGAAGUCGGGAAGGACUGAGCGGAGUUACUGGCGUCGUGUCCGGAGCAUGGAAUGGCAGCUUCCCGCUAGCGAAAGGACGAUGGCUCGCCGCCUGCUUCGGUGGCUCACCGUCACCUCGCUGCUGUGCUGCUCGCUCGCGGCCGCCGAAAAGAAAGUGUGCCAAAGUAUCACCAACCGCUUAAACCUGCUGGGCACCAAAGAGGACCAUUACCAGAACAUGGUGAACACCUACACCAACUGCACCGUGGUCCUGGAAAACCUGGAAAUCACUUACAUGGAGGAACAUCGAGACUUGUCCUUCCUCAGGACGAUCGAAGAGGUGGGCGGCUACGUGCUCAUCGCCCUCAACACGGCCCCCACCAUCCCGCUGGACAACCUGCGCAUCAUUCGCGGUCACUCGCUGUACGAGGGCGACUUCGCCCUCACUGUGCUGGCCAAUUACAACAAAUCCACCGGUCGGGCCACCACCCAGAUCCUUCUCACCGGCCUCACGGAAAUCCUCAAAGGCGGCGUGAAGUUUGCCAACAACCAGCUGUGCAACGUGGACACGAUCCAGUGGUACGACAUCAUUAACGAGGACAGCAAAGUCAAAAUGGAGCUGCCGCCCCCGGCGAGCAACGCCACCCUUUGUAAAAAAUGUGACAAAAGCUGCUUCAACGGUUCCUGCUGGGCACCCGGACCCCAAAACUGUCAGACUUUAACCAAGCUGAACUGCGCACAGCAGUGCUCCAAGAGGUGCAAGGGACCCUCGCCCAGCGAUUGUUGCAACGAACACUGCGCCGCGGGUUGCACGGGACCCCGGCCCACCGACUGUCUGGCCUGUCGGGACUUCCAGGACGACGGGGUGUGCAAGGAUUCCUGCCCGGGCCUCAUGCGCUACGACCCCAACCAGCACCAGCUGGUACCAAACCCGCACGGGAAGUACAACUUCGGCGCCACUUGUGUCAAGACCUGCCCGCAUAACUAUGUGGUGACUGACCACGGCGCGUGCGUGCGUACGUGCAGCGGCAACACUUACGAGGUGGAGGAGGGCGGCGUCAGGAAGUGCGCCAAAUGCGAGGGGCUGUGCCCCAAAGCGUGUGACGGUCUGGGCACAGGCCACCUGUUGCACACGCUCUCCAUCAACGCCACCAACAUCGACUCGUUUAAAAACUGCACCAAAAUCAACGGCAACAUCCGUUUCAUCCGCACAUCCAUUCACGGGGAUCCAUACACCAAAACGCCAAAGAUGGAUCCCGCCCAGCUUGAGGUGUUCAAGACCGUUAAAGAAUUAACCGGAUACUUGUGGAUUCAAACGUGGCCCGAGAGCAGGAACGCCCUCAGCCCCUUCGAGAACCUGGAAAUCAUUCGAGGACGGACCAAGCAUGUAACAAGGAGCCUGGUUGUGACCCAGCUGGACAUCAGCUACCUGGGCCUGCGCUCCCUCAAAGAGAUCAGCGACGGCGACGUGGUCGUCAUCCAGAACCAGAACCUCUGCUACACCAACCACAGCCACUGGAAGGCGCUCUUCAAGUCCGCCAGCCAGACCACGACCAUCUUCGACAACGCAGACGCAGCCAAAUGCGCAAUGAGAAACGAUACGUGCGAUCGGAAGUGCACGGCGGCCGGCUGCUGGGGUCCCGGCCCCGACAUGUGCAUCGCCUGCCGGGGCCACAGUCGCGACGGCAGCUGCGUGGACGCCUGCAACAUCCUGGAGGGGGAGCCGCGGGAGACGGUGGUGAGGAAAACCUGCGUGGCCUGUCACCCGGAGUGCCGUCGUACGAACGGGACGGCCACUUGCAGCGCUCCGGGCCCCGGCAACUGCAGCGAGUGCGCCAGCUUCAAGGACGGCCUGUUCUGCGUGGCCCGCUGCCCCCAAGGCGUCCCCGGCGAGGACGACGCGCUCGUGUGGAAGUACGCCGACAAAACCAAAGUGUGCCGGCUGUGUCACCCCAACUGCACCCAAGGGUGUAUGGGGCCCGGUCGCGAAGGCUGCCAUGGCAAAAUUCCGUCGGGUCUCUCCAUGAUCGCGGUGGGCGUGGUGGGCGGCCUUCUGGCGGUUCUGGUGGCCGGCCUGUCGGUCGUCGUGUUCCUGCGCCGGCGGCACAUCAAGAGGAAAAGGACCAUGCGGCGCCUCCUCCAGGAAAAAGAAUUGGUCGAACCGCUGACUCCGAGCGGCAAAGCGCCCAACCAAGCUCUGCUGCGGAUCCUGAAGGAACCCGAAUUCAGGAAAAUCAAAGUUCUGGGCUCCGGGGCUUUUGGUACAGUCUACAAGGGCCUUUGGGUGCCGGAGGGAGAGGACGUGAAGAUCCCAGUGGCCAUCAAGGUUCUGCGAGAGGCCACAUCGCCAAAAGCCAACAAAGAGAUCUUAGACGAGGCCUACGUGAUGGCCAGCGUGGAGCACCCUCACGUGUGCCGCCUGCUGGGCAUCUGCCUGACGUCCACCGUGCAGCUCGUCACCCAGUUGAUGCCCUUCGGCUGCCUGCUGGACUACGUCAAGGAGAACAAGGACAACAUCGGCUCGCAGUACUUGCUCAACUGGUGCGUGCAGAUCGCGAAGGGUAUGAACUACCUGGAGGAGCGCCACUUGGUCCACCGGGACUUGGCUGCCAGGAACGUCCUUGUGAAGACCCCGCAGCACGUCAAGAUCACCGACUUCGGCCUGGCCAAGCUGCUGAACGCCGACGAGAAGGAGUACCACGCCGAGGGUGGAAAGGUGCCCAUCAAGUGGAUGGCUCUCGAGUCGAUUCUCAAUCGGACGUACACGCACCAGAGCGACGUGUGGAGCUACGGCGUGACCGUGUGGGAGUUGAUGACGUUCGGGACCAAGCCGUACGACGGCAUUCCGGCCAGCGACAUAGCCGGUGUGCUGGAGAAGGGCGAGCGUCUUCCUCAGCCGCCCAUCUGCACCAUCGACGUCUACAUGAUCAUGGUGAAAUGUUGGAUGAUCGACGCAGAUAGUCGACCACGUUUCCGAGAACUAAUAGCAGAGUUCACCAAAAUGGCACGGGAUCCUCCCCGUUACCUCGUCAUCCAGGGCGACGAUAGCUUGCAUUUGCAGAAUCCUCCCAGCAACAAGUUCUACCGCACCCUGGUGAGCGGCGAGGACAUGGAGGACGCCGUGGACGCCGACGAGUACCUGGUACCGCAGCACGGCUUCUUCGCCAGCCCGAGCACGUCGCAGACGCCGCUGCUCCACUCCAUCAGCCUGAACAGCAGCACUGGGACGUGCAAUGGCAGAAAUGGAUUACUUAGCGGAUUACCCAGCAGGGAUGGAAGCAUAGUUCUUCGCUAUAUUCCCGACCCCACAGAUAAACUAUUAGAUGACGCUUUCCAGCCUGCUUCAGACUACAUGAACCAGAACACGGCCUCGGACAUGAUGAAUCCCGUGUACCAGCACCCCGGCCCUCCACGCUCCCUCCUACCCACCAUCUCCUCGGACGACGCCGACGAGUCGGAGUACCUCAACUGCUUCAAGAACGGGCCCAACGGUCCCGAGUACCUCAACGAGUUCCCCGUCCGCCCUAAUGGGACGAUCGACAAGUACAAGCCGCAGAACAGCAUAGACAACCCCGACUACCAGCAGAGCUUCACGCCCACCUUCAAGGCCCGCCUAAACGGAAAUUUGUCCGCCGCGACCAACGCGGAGUACCUGGGCCCGGACUGAUGGCUCCCAGAACUGGAACAAUGCCAUUUCUUAGCGGUACCAUCAAUGAAUUAUCUGUCACCUCUUUAAGACCCGACCCGAGAAGGCCGCGUGAGAAAGUGAAAACCUCUCGUGACGACAACGGGGAAGUGAACCGGCGGCGGCGCACACAAAAACGGGGAACUGAAAUGAGCAGCCCAAGCCAAGAAGUCUUUUGUCGUGAUGCCCUAAAACCACUCAAGAUGUUACGUGGACCUCCUUGUAACGUGGGGGUGGGGGGGAUUAGCUGCUUUUCUUGGGAUCAGAAUGCUGGACGGACUCUCUGACGUUCUUCCUCCCCGAAAGAGGAAUCAUAGGAUGUGUGAAUCUGGUCAAAUGCUUACAACACAAACAUGCGGUGCGUUAUUAUACUUCACACUCCCCCAGUUCGCUACAGCGCUACACUAUUUUGUCAUUUGUGUGUGUGUGUGUGGGGGGGGGGUGGAGGGUGCUGCAUUCAAUGUGCUGUGCUUUUCUGAGUUUCUGUAUUUCGAAGUGGAAAAGCGACAUACUUGCAUCCGUCGAUUUGUCAUUUUAUUGUUGUUGUUGUGUGCAGGACGCAGGACACAUUUUUUUUUUUUUUUUUUACCGGCAACAUUUUUGCGUGCACAUGAGGGGUACUUGAGGACAAGAAAUUGCAGCUUCAAUUUUGAUGAAUGACGACUUUUUCUCACGGAAGGGGUUGAGGAAACUCAGCUGAGGACAUCCGCCGUGGUCAUCCGGGACCGUGCAUUUCUUACAAACAAACAAAAAAAAAACAUUUUAUGAAAAAUUAAACAACUUCCAAACACAUUCCAGUUUCCCCUUUUGCGGAGAGAAAAAAACUCCAGGUCAGGUCCUGUAUGUGUGUAUGUUCUAUUAUUUCCCCACGGUCGCAGGGAAAAAAGAAAUAAAAUUGAUAUACAGUCUAGCAGUUCUUCCCAGACUUGUCGACACUGUAGCGCUCCAGUCUCGCCCCCCCCCUCCUCCCUGUGAGAGUGCUGACUAUGAAAUUCCCAGUUUUUAAAGGAGUGCAAUUGAUGUAGCAGCCUGUUCAGCCUACUUUUGCAGAUGUGACACAGGUACACGUAAAGGUAUAACAGCGUAUCCGCGAUGCUGAGAUCGAUAUACACGAUAUGAAUAUAGUCCGCUGUAAUAUAUACAUAGCGCUAUACUGUAUGAAAAGCCUCACCUGAAUUGUGAUCAUUUAAAAGUAUAUAUGAAUAAAUCAUUUUUUUAAAAAC